UUUCCAGAACCAUCGUUUAUAAAGGAGAGAAAAAGUCGGAAGCCAAAGGGGCAAUUUCUCCCGAUUCCCAAAUCCAUUGCCUGCGAUCUAGGGUUUCGAAUCUCUCCACGCUUUCUCUCACAAAUCCGCCUUCGAUUCUCAAUUCCAACCCCAAUUUCUUCGAAUUGAGGCGAUGACGAUCCCCAAUUCUCAGGGAUUGAUGCCGUCGGAGAGUUGCUUGCCGCUUACCCCGGAGGAGGAGAGGGAGACGGUGGAGGAGUUGACGAGAGUCGCCGACGCUAGUCCCAAGGAAGGCGACGUGUGGUGUCUAAUCUCGGCGCGAUGGUUUAGGGGCUGGAAAAGAUAUGUUCAGUUAAAGAGCAGCAAUGACGAUUCUAUUACCUCUGAGCAGUUGAAUGGGAUUCCUCCACAUGUUGCUUGCAAGCCUGGAAAGAUUGACAAUUCCGAGCUUGUUACAAAUGGGACAUAUGAGGAAAAUAAUGGACUUGUUCUCCGGAGGAACCUACUAGAAGAAGAAGACUACUGUUUGGUUCCUCAGGAAGUCUGGAAGAAACUUCACGAAUGGUACAAGGGUGGGCCAGAAUUACCAAGAAAACGAAUUUCUCUUGGCUUACAUGGCAAAAGUUUUGCGGUGGAAGUUUACCCCCUGAGCCUGCAGUUAGUGGAUGGAAGAGAUCUCUCCGAAAGAACUAUAACAAUUAGCAGAAAGGCCUUGGUAGGGGAGCUUUACAGCAUGGUUUGCACACUACUUACGUUAGAGCAGGCAAAGGUUGACAUAUGGGAUUACUAUGAGAAGGUGAAACAUGAUAACUUGCAGAAAUUUGACCAAACUCUAGAGGAAGCUGAGUUGAUGAUGGACCAGGAUAUACUUUUGGAGGUAAAAGAUGACGCUUUUUUUCCUUCUAAUUCUGGCGUGGAUUCAACAGGAAAUGAAUUGGCUUUGGUUCCAAUAGAGCCUCCUAGGUCGCCAGUCACCAUUGCUGGAGGGCCCACAUUCUCCAAUGGUUAUUCAAAUACGUUUGGCAGCCAUUUCCUGCAGGGAAAUAGCUUCAGUUCAGUACUCAGGGAUAUGGAUGAUGAUAAUGAUUCCAUUAGCAAUGGGAGUAAAGGAAGUAGUCGGGGACUGAGAGGAUUGCAAAACCUAGGAAACACUUGUUUUAUGAACAGUGCUCUACAGUGUUUAGUGCAUACUCCCGAUCUGGUUCGUUUCUUUUUACAAGAUUACACCCUGGAGAUAAACAAGGAUAAUCCUUUGGGCAUGCAGGGCGAGCUUGCAACUGCUUUUGGAGAUCUAUUAAGGAAUUUGUGGUCUUCUGGAGCUACAGCAAUUGCACCUCGUUCAUUUAAAGCUAAACUUGCUCGGUUUGCUCCACAGUUCAGUGGGUAUAAUCAACAUGAUUCACAAGAACUCCUUGCAUUUUUAUUGGAUGGGCUUCAUGAAGACUUGAACCGUGUAAUAAACAAGCCUUACAUUGAAGCUAAAGAUGCAAAUGGUCGUUCGGAUGAGGAGUUCGCAGAUGAAUGCUGGAACAAUCACAAAGCUCGUAAUGACUCUAUAAUUGUAGAUGUUUGUCAAGGUCAGUACAAGUCAACGCUAGUCUGUCCUGUUUGCAGCAAAGUUUCUGUUACCUUUGAUCCCUUUAUGUAUUUGUCAUUGCCACUUCCUUCGACAACUACAAGGACCAUGACUGUAACCGUAUUCAGUGGGGUUGGGAGUGCCCUUCCGAUGCCUUUCACUGUAACUGUGCCAAAAAAUGGUACCUGCAGAGAUCUCAGUCGAGCUUUAAAUGUUGCAUGUAGCUUGACGAGUUCAGAAGAUUUAUUGUUAGCAGAAGUUUAUAAAAAUCGGAUUUAUCGCUACUUAGAUUUUUUCGACUCACUAUCCGGUAUUAAGAAUGAAGAGUGCCUGGUAGCUUAUAAACUUCCAGCAAACUAUAAGGACUUCGUGAGGCUGGAGAUAAUGCAUCAGAGAAUAGAGAGGCCUCAGGAGCCUCAAUAUAAUUUGUUCUCUCCAAGUUGUCUUGGAACCCCUCUUGUGACUUGCCUCUCAAAGGAAGCUAAAACUGGAGCAGAUAUUCAUACUGCAGUAUGUACGCUGCUUUCACCUCUAUUGCGAGGAAAAACUCCCAUGAAGCACACAAAAGUUAGCAAGGAAAAUGGCUAUUUAUCGAGUUUAGAUGGUGUUGUUCCAGGUGAUGAUAGCAAUCCUUGUACAAGUGAUACAGAGUUCUCUGAUUCCUUCAUGGAAAUUGAAAUGGAAGAUGAUGCGUGCCCAUCACUCCAGAUUGCUUUCACUAAUGAGAGGGGCUACAACAGGGUUCCAAUUGACAAUGAUUCUAAUAUACCUCCAGGGUCUUGCAUAAGGGUACUGCUCGAAUGGUCAGAUAAAAAUCUGGAACUGUAUGACUUUAGUUUCCUUGAGGAUCUGCCAGAAGUUUUCAGACCAUUUGGUUCAAUGGUGAAGAAAACGCGGGAGGAGGCUAUCACUUUGUUCUCAUGCUUGGAUGCAUUUCUGAAAGAGGAACCUUUAGGGCCCGAUGAUAUGUGGUAUUGUCCUGGCUGCAAGGAGCAUAGACAAGCAACUAAGAAACUAGACUUGUGGAGAUUGCCCGAGAUCUUAGUUGUUCACUUGAAGCGGUUUUCCUAUAGCAGAUACAUGAAAAACAAGCUUGACACCUUUGUGAACUUUCCUGUUCACGAUCUUGAUUUAAGCCAGUAUGUAAAGCACAAUUCUGAUGCUGCAAGGCAAACACAUGUGUAUGAGCUUUAUGCUGUAAGCAACCACUAUGGAGGAUUGGGUGGGGGGCACUACUCUGCAUAUGCAAAGUUGAUAGAAGAGGACAGCUGGUUUCAUUUUGAUGAUAGCUUUGUUUCUCCGGCAAGUGAAGAUUCAAUCCAGACAACAGCGGCAUAUGUUCUUUUUUACAGGAGAGUCCAGGUUGAUACGGAAAAGUCUAAUAAUACAGAAAUGGGCAACGGGGAGGAGCCGUCUUCUAGCGCUAACUCCUUGACAUGAAACAGAACCCCAAAGUUUUGCACAUUUUCAUCGCUCGUGCUCGUUUUUCUGACGGCAGCGUUCCCGUUCUAUUCUUUUUGCUAUACAAUUGAGGGAUGGUGAAUUUUGCUACUACAUUGGACAGGCCGCCGCAGUUUUGUGGUGACUGAAUUUGGAGGUGUUUCAUUCAUUGGCAUACUUGGGUGUCUUCAAUACCGUAACGCUUCAUUCAUUGGCAUACUUGGGUGUCUUCAAUACCGAAACACUGUGAAGCGUUUAUAUACCGAGGCGUUAGUCUUAUACUAGAAAUUUUUGUAUGUAGAUUAGAAAUUAUUAUUCAAGGCGCCCAUUUUUUGGUUGUCUCAAGUCAAAGUGAAUAUAAGGUUCUAUUGUCUUGCCGUUA